AUGAGCUUUGCGAUUCGCCUGAACACGCGACGAAGUGGAGAGACGUCCGCGCGCUUCUGGGCGGAGUCGCUGGCGGAGUCACAGCGCGUGCAGACGGUGCUGGCACCAGAGAGCAGCAGAGGCGUACCCAGGCCUUGCGUCUCGGGCCGCGGUGACGCCGCCCAUGACGACCAGCAGCAGCAACGCUGCGAAGAGAGGGGAGAGGAGGAGAAGCGGGCUGUGGCGGCUUCUGCCGCGUGGGUGGAGGAAGAGCGAGGGCGGGGGGAUGGGCGAAUGCAGCCCGCCCCCGAGAGCGGUGGAGAGGAGAGCGCAGGUCACGAAGGAGAGAAUGAUGGCGGGAAUGUCUUAGAACACCACCAGAAGCAGCUCACGGUGUUGGCAGGGACCAUUGCGGCACACGAACCCCCGGAAAGGGCAACGGGGCCCACGCUACUCACGACCGCGAGACAAGGAGGAGGCCUCUGCCGCUUCAAGGAUGUCUUGGCAGUGGGCAAACCUCUUCUGCAGGGGUUGUUGGGCCCAGUAGGCAUAGACGUGGAACUGAGCGGUACAACCACGAUGUUACGUGAUCCUAGUGGUUUUGCUGCGGCGCUUGAGUCCAUGGAGCAGGCCAGCUGCGAUUAUUUGCGUAACCUCCAUGCCUCCAUUCAACUCUUCUUUAUUGUUCGUGGGGAGUCGUUUUACACCUUGGACGCCUCUAUCUGCUCACCGCUAGUGUUUUUGGCCAAACUCCUUUCUGCCCCUACCGUGACGAAAAUUGUGCUUCAGGCGCGGCCUUUGUAUCGGCUCCUUUUCCUUUUCCUGGGCACAGACCGAGUGGAGGUGCGCAACUUAGUGGACGUCUCUGUUUGGGGGGCAGUGAUGGAACGCGUGUGCGGGCCACGACCCUACACUAAGGCCUGUGUCGAUUCACAGAGUCUUUGGCAGCUUCUCCCUGGUGCUGCACAGGAAGGUAUCGAGGUGCAGUUGGAGCGGGCGAAGCAGGACAGGUGGUGUGAGGACACUCGGAUGGCUGAGGAAGCCGCAGAAACAAUGGCAGCAGCAGCAACAACAACAACAACAACAACAACAGUGUCGUCAGUGUUGGCCCCAGCACAAAGUGAGAUGUCGCUGGUGCAGUUAUUGGUACGAUUCAAAUCUUUGCUGACCCUCUACGCCUAUUACGAGGCCUACAUGCGCUCUGUGGAGAGCAGCGGCGCAACAGGUAGCGUUUCCCCUUCUCUUGCUGUGGUUUGCAGCCUCGAGACACGCGUCAGUUUUCUUUGCGAGGUCAUGUCCUAUCAUGGCAUGUUUGUGGAGAAGGAUGUGCUGGAUUGCAUGGUGGCAGACCUGGAUCAGCAAGCCAAGGCCUUUGUCGAAAAGGGGAAUGCGGCACUGCAGGCAUUGUCACCCGAUGACAGUAUUGGGGAAAUAGACAUGGAGACUGUGACUGCGUGGGAGCUGCUGAACGUCUUGCAGCACCACUAUGGUGGUGGUCUUGCGCUGGCUGUGGAGGGUAACGAGAUAGAGCAACUGCAGCGGCUCGCCGCACACGUUGAGGACACGAAGAGUGGCACGGAUGCGAAUGCAGCACGGCUCUGGCUGGCGCUGCGUGAGCGUCGCGAGUUUAAGCGCUCUAUCAUCGAGGGGUUUUCCAAAGGGGUGAGCAUGCACGCUCGUCUCAUCGCUGCCCCGGAAGAUAUCGCAGCGACUGAGCGGAGUGGCCACCGCAACUCCCACCAUGCCACAGCGCCACAUCGUCUUUGUUUCUCUGUGCACCCAACGUGGAGUGUUCACCAUGCUACCACGGCUCGCCUCUUUUGCUCGCGACCGUGCUUGCAAAACAUUGCAAAGAACCCUCCGCUUUCACGCACUACAGCGCUCACUUCAUCGGCAGUGACGAUGUUCUCCAAUCCGGAGUGGACGCUCCGGCACUUGUACGGUCCCCCGCCUGGGUGUACCCUUUUGUCGUUUGACUUUGAUCAAGUCGAGCUGCGUGUGUUGGCCCACCUAAGCGGUGACCCACUUCUCGUGCAGCAGCUUCGAGGCGGCUCGGAUGUGUUGGCGGAGAUGGCACUUCACGUGAUGCAGCUGCCGCGGCGGGAGGAUGUCACACCAUACUUGCGGCAAGGCACAAAGGUGGUGGUGUACGGCUUGCUAUACGGCAUGGGGCCGGAGACGCUGGAUGUGCAUCUGCGUCAGCUGCAUAAAGAGACGGCAGAGACUUCGGGGCAGAAGCCGUUGUCUGCGCGGCAGGUUAUGCACUCGUUUCAUCAAUGCUACCCCGCCGUGCAGAGUUUUCUGCGAAGGACGCGACUUUGCGCCUUUCAUGAAAAGCUUUGUACCACGUUGAAUGGGGUGCGAAAUUUGUCUGGGGAACUGGACGGCAAUCGACGCAAGCAGGCGGCGGUGGCGGCGGCCAUUCAAGGCGGUGCAGCCGUCAUCCUGCAUCACGCGAUGGUGGAGGUACAUGAGCGACGGCAUGAGUUUGUGCCUUGCUUUCCUGCGGCGGCUCUCGCGCUUGUGUUAAGCGUGCACGACGAACUUGUGUACGCCGUCCCCGACAGUGCAGUGGGUAUCGUGGCGCCGAUGAUCAAACAUAUUCUUGAGCGGCAGUCUGCAGCACUUUCUCUCAGCGUCCCACUGCCCGUCACGAUGAGGGCGGGGAAGUCGUUUGGUGCGUUGAGGCCCUUGGCUGUUUAG